AUGGAGCAGGAAUGGCAGCUUGUGUCUCGCCGCCAGAGGCGUGGCAAGGCUCGCAAUGGGCCUUCGCAGCCCCGGUCAGCUCCGUCCAAAGCCCCCAAGCUCCACUCGAAUGUCGGCGAAGAGGCGGUGGAGCCUGUGGCCGAGGUCUCGGUCGAGAAGCAGAAGCUGAUCAUCCAGCGCGUGCGCGCCAUCGCCGACGUCCUACGAGACUCGUUACUGCUGAAGGACGCACUGCGCGUCGUGGUUGAACACUUUGAGCUCCAGUCGCAAGGCGAUGAAGACGACGACGCUGCUGUCGGGCCAGUUCUUGUUGGCUACGGGCUCGGGAGCUUCUGUGCGUCGUCCAAUGCGGUGCACCAGUUGGGCUUCUUGGUGGCCUUGAAAGAGGCUCUGGAUGCAGAAAAGGAGACUCCGACUGCGGAGGUUGCGGCAAGCAAAGACAAGAGUCAACACCGUGUCGAGAUAUUUGACCCCGCCAUGAACAAGAGCGACGCUGCGAUUGCUGGGAGCUUCAAUGUGGGCGUGAUUGAAGACAACGAGCACGGGCGGCGCUGCGUGGAUCGAAAGACCGUCUUCUUCAUGCCUCACUGCGGCAAGACGCUGUACGAGAACGUGCUCGCGUGCAACUGGGGGCCCGCCAUGGAGAAGUUGGUCAUCAUCGGCAACAGCUUCUCGGCCUACGGCGACCGCGUGCUUGCAGCGCAAGCGCGGCAAGAGCUGCUGCUCGUUCGCGUGCUGCCGUAUCUAGAGGAAGUGCCGCUGUCCUGCGGCGUCACCAAAGCGCACGCGGACUUUGUGCGCUACGAGGCGGCCUUCAACGACCUCAGCGCGCACCAAUUCCCGUCCAGUUCGCUCUCACGCGCGCUGGACGACGUGAGUCUGAGUGAGAAGAUGGCUGCAGUAGCUAAUAACUCAGCGGAUCAGUCCGACGACAGCAAAUGA